AUGGCGCGUUUUGGAGACGAGCUACCCAACAGGUAUGGAGGAGGAGGAGGAGGUGGUGGUGGCGGUGGUGGCGGGGGUGCCGGCGGACAAGGGGGGCCCGGCCGCGGCGGCAGCAGGCAAGGGGGGCCCCCCGGAGGGCAGCGGAUGUACAAGCAGUCGAUGGCCCAGAGAGCCCGGACCAUGGCCCUGUACAACCCCAUACCCGUCCGGCAGAGCUGCCUAACGGUCAACCGCUCCCUCUUCCUCUUCAGCGAAGACAACCUGGUGAGGAAGUACGCCAAAAAGAUCACCGAAUGGCCUCCGUUUGAAUGGAUGAUCCUUACCACCAUCAUUGCAAACUGCAUCGUCCUGGCUCUGGAACAGCACCUUCCUGAUGGAGACAAGACGCCUCUGUCUGAACGACUGGAGGAGACGGAGCCCUACUUCAUAGCCAUCUUCUGUUUUGAAUCGGGGAUAAAGAUCCUGGCUCUGGGUUUUGCGUUACAUAAGGGCUCCUAUCUGAGGAACGGCUGGAACGUCAUGGACUUCGUGGUCGUGCUCACCGGUAUUUUGUCGUCAGUGGGGUCUCAGCUUGACCUGAGGACGCUACGAGCCGUCAGAGUGCUACGACCACUGAAACUGGUGUCUGGGAUUCCCAGCCUGCAGGUGGUGCUCAAGUCCAUCAUGAAGGCUAUGAUCCCCCUGCUGCAGAUUGGCUUGCUGCUGUUCGUGGCCAUCCUUAUGUUCGCCAUCAUCGGCCUGGAGUUCUACAUGGGAAAGUUCCACGAAACCUGCCACGACAAAGUCACACGAGAGGUAGUGGACGCAUUGCCAUGUGGCAAAGCGUUGCCGUCCCGGUUGUGUCCUAACGGCACGGUGUGUGACGGUUACUGGAUUGGACCCAACUACGGCAUCACCCAGUUCGACAACAUCCUGUUCGCCGUGCUCACUGUCUUCCAGUGCAUCACCAUGGAGGGAUGGACAGACAUGCUGUACUACAGUAAUGACGUGGAGGGCAGUGCCUGGAACUGGAUGUACUACAUCCCCCUCAUCAUCAUCGGCUCCUUCUUCAUGCUCAACCUGGUGCUGGGUGUACUCUCAGGUGAAUUUGCCAAAGAGAGAGAGCGAGUGGAGAACAGGAGCGAGUUCCUCAAGCUGAGGCGACAGCAGCAGAUUGAGAGGGAGCUCAACGGCUACCUGGAGUGGAUCUGCAAAGCGGAAGAAGUGAUUUUGGCGGAAGAGGACGGCACAGUGAACUUUGAUGGUACGAGGCGGAGGCCAACCAUCAAAACCAAAAACAACAAGACGGAGCUGCUGAACCCUGAGGAAGGAGAGGACAACAUGGGAGAUGCAGUAGGUUUUGCCCGCUCCAGUUUAAAGAAUGGGAUGGACGGGUCCAAUUACAGCAAGAGGGAGCGGCGACUGCGAUUCUUCAUCCGCAAGAUAGUGAAGACUCAGGCUUUCUAUUGGACUGUGCUCUGCCUGGUGGGCCUCAACACCAUGUGUGUGGCUGCGGUGCAUUACAACCAGCCUGAGAUGCUCUCCGACUUCCUCUUCUAUGCAGAGUUUAUCUUUCUCGGCCUGUUCAUGUCUGAGAUGCUGAUCAAGAUGUAUGGUCUGGGCAUCCAGCCCUACUUGCACUCCUCAUUCAACUGCUUCGACUGUGUGGUCAUCGUGGGCAGUAUCUUUGAGGUGGUGUGGGCCACCAUCAAACCAGGAACAUCCUUCGGGAUCAGUGUGUUACGAGCUCUGCGACUGCUCCGCAUCUUCAAAGUGACCAAGUACUGGGCUCCUCUUCGAAACCUGGUGGUGUCUCUGCUGAACUCCAUGAAGUCCAUCGUCAGUUUGCUGUUCCUCCUCUUCCUCUUCAUUGUGGUCUUCGCCUUGUUGGGGAUGCAGCUGUUUGGAGGACAAUUCAACUUCGACAACGGAACCCCACCUACCAACUUUGACACUUUUGCAGCAGCGAUCAUGACAGUGUUUCAGAUCCUGACAGGAGAAGACUGGAACAUGGUGAUGUACGAUGGUAUCGAGUCCCAGGGAGGAGUGAACGACAAAGGGAUGGUGUUCUCCAUCUUCUUCAUCGUCCUCACACUUUUUGGCAACUACACUCUGCUUAACGUCUUCUUGGCCAUCGCUGUCGACAAUCUGGCCAACGCCCAGGAGCUCACCAAGGAUGAGGAGGAACAGGAGGAAGCAGCCAAUCAGAAGACUGCAAUGCAGAAGGCUAAAGAAGUAGCAGAGGUCAGCCCGCUGUCAGCAGCCAACCUGACUAUUGCUGCUAAGGAGCAGCAGAAGAACCACAUCAAGGGCAACAUGUCAGUGUGGGAGCAGAGAACGAGCGAGAUCCGCCGUCAGAACCUGAUGACGAGCCGCGAGGCGCUCUACAACGAGCUGGAGCAGGAGGAGUGGAAGGUGUCCUACCCACGGAAACCACGUGGCGAUAUGAAGACCCACCUGGACCGGCCGCUGGUGGUCAACCCUCAGGACAACCGCAACAAUAACACCAACAAGACCCAACCUGGUGAGCUGCCUCUGGACCAGGAGUACCGGCGCCAGGACAUGGAUCAUUACCGCCGAGCCACACACCACUAUCACUACCACCCCCAUCAUCAGAAAGCCAUUGGGCCGGACGAUAGAGGGACGGGCCAGCCGCCGGAUACCCGCAUGGAGCGCGGCUUCAGCUGCACGUCUCUGGGCAACGUGGAGGGCCAGCUCGGGGAGGGGAGGCACAGCCACAGGAGCCACCGGGGCCACCGGCACAGGAACAGGGAAGGCAGGGAAGCUCGCAGCGUGUCUCCCCACCAUAGCGAGGGGGUCGACGGGAACCACGAACACAGAAGGUCCCGGCAGCACCGCAAGGCAGCCAGGGAGGGGGAGGAAGGCAGGAGACAUAGAUCCAGAGGGACGGAGGGAGAGGGGGAGAAAGGCGAAGAAGGGGAAGGACGGAAGUCGAGACGGCAUCGCCAUGGCAACCAGGAGAGGAGCAGAGGGCAUCGCACCAGAAAGGAGCACCACAGCACGGGUGCCAGCCUCUCCACCACACGGCCCAUACAGCAGUACAACGAGGAUCUGGACAACUUCCGCAACAACAGCAAGCUGGCCGGUGCCCAUGAGCACCCUUACGCCCUCCCACCGGAUCACCCGGACCAUCCUGACCACGUCAACAACCUGCUGAACUGCCGUGACGCAGACACCCACACCCUCCUCCACAGCAUGGACAGCCUGAUCCUGACCAGCAUGGCCAAACCUGAGUACACCAAAAUAGACAUGCCACCUGUCUAUCCCUACCCCUCUACCAACGCCAUCCUGCAGGUGAACAAGAACGCCAACACCGACCAGAAGAAGAGCGAGGAGAAGAAGGAGGAGGAGGACGAGGGAGGAGAUGAAGACGGCCCCAAACCUAUGCCUCCCUUCAGCUCCUGCUUCAUAAUGUCCACCACCAACCCGUUUCGGAAGUGCUGUCACUACAUCCUGACUCUGAAGUAUUUUGAGUUCAGCAUCCUGUCUGUCAUCGCUAUGAGCAGCAUCGCCCUCGCUGCAGAGGACCCUGUCUGGCCUGAGUCCCCACGAAACAAUGUGCUGCGUUAUUUUGACUACGUUUUCACAGGCGUCUUCACAUUUGAAAUGUUGAUCAAGAUGGUGGUGCUCGGCUUGUUUCUCCACCAGGGCUCCUACUUUCGCGACUUGUGGAACAUUCUGGACUUUAUAGUGGUUAGUGGUGCUCUGGUGGCCUUCGCCUUCACGGGAAGCAGCAAGGGCAAAGACAUCAGUACGAUCAAGUCCCUUCGCGUGCUGAGGGUGCUGCGUCCUCUGAAGACCAUUAAACGACUCCCCAAGUUAAAGGCUGUGUUUGAUUGUGUGGUCAACUCUCUGAAGAACGUGCUGAACAUCUUGAUCGUCUACAUGCUCUUCAUGUUCAUCUUCGCUGUGGUGGCCGUGCAGCUCUUUAAAGGCCGAUUCUUUUUCUGCACGGACGAAUCCAAAGAGUUUGAGCGGGACUGCAGGGGCGAGUACUUGGUAUAUGAUAGAGAUGAGGUUAAAGCUCAGAAGCGGGAGUGGAAGAAGUACGAUUUCCACUACGACAACGUGGCUUGGGCCCUGCUCACCCUCUUCACUGUCUCCACUGGAGAGGGGUGGCCGCAGGUGUUAAAGCACUCGGUGGACUCCACCUUUGAGAAUCAGGGCCCUAGCCCGGGUUAUAGGAUGGAAAUGUCCAUCUUUUACGUGGUGUACUUCGUUGUCUUCCCCUUCUUCUUCGUAAACAUCUUUGUGGCUCUCAUCAUCAUCACCUUCCAGGAACAGGGGGAUAAGAUGAUGGAGGACUACAGUUUAGAAAAGAAUGAGAGAGCCUGUAUAGAUUUUGCCAUCAACGCCAGGCCUUUGACUCGCCACAUGCCCAAGAAUAAACUGAGCUUCCAGUACCGCAUGUGGCAGUUUGUGGUGUCUCCGCCCUUCGAGUACAGCAUCAUGGCUCUGAUCGCGCUCAACACCAUUGUCCUCAUGAUGAAGUUUAACGAUGCAUCAGCCACGUACAAUAACGUCCUGAAUAACCUCAACAUCGUGUUUACCACCUUCUUCUUCAUGGAAUCAGUCCUUAAGGUCAUCGCUUUCGGCCCUCUGAAUUUCUUCAGAGAUGCCUGGAACAUUUUUGAUUUUGUCUCCGUCCUUGGAAGCAUCACUGACAUAUUAGUGACAAAUCUAGGGAAUAACUUCAUCAACCUGAGCUUCCUGAGGCUGUUCAGAGCAGCUCGCCUCAUCAAGCUGUUGAGACAGGGAGAGACCAUCCGCAUCCUGCUGUGGACCUUCGUCCAGUCCUUUAAGGCUCUGCCGUACGUGUGCCUGCUCAUUGCCAUGCUCUUCUUCAUCUAUGCCAUCAUCGGCAUGCAGUUGUUUGGGAAUUUGGCGCUAGAUGAAGAGAGAGAGAGUGCCAUCAACGAACACAACAACUUCAGGACCUUCAUCAUGUCUCUAAUGCUGCUCUUCAGGAGCGCUACGGGCGAGGCCUGGCAUGACAUCAUGUUGGCCUGCCUGGGCGGGAAGGAAUGCGACCCGGCCUCAGGGAACACAGAACCUGAAUGUGGUAGCACCUUUGCCUACACCUACUUUGUCUCCUUCAUCUUCCUCUGUUCUUUCCUGAUGCUGAAUCUGUUCGUGGCUGUCAUCAUGGACAACUUUGAGUACCUGACCAGAGACUCCUCUAUCCUGGGGCCGCAUCACCUGGACGAGUACGUAAGGAUAUGGGCCGAGUACGACCCUGCUGCCUGCGGGCGCAUACAUUAUAAGGAUAUGUACAGUUUAUUGCGAGUUAUCUCCCCUCCUCUGGGCCUUGGCAAGAAAUGCCCACAUAGGGUGGCAUGCAAGAGGCUGCUGCGCAUGGACCUGCCGGUUGCUGAUGACAACACGGUGCAUUUUAACUCCACCCUCAUGGCUCUGAUCAGGACAGCACUGGAUAUAAAGAUUGCCAAGGGAGGUGCAGACAAGCACCAGAUGGAUGCAGAGCUGAGAAAGGAGAUGAUGGCUAUUUGGCCGAACUUGUCGCAGAAGACGCUGGACCUGCUGGUUACGCCGCACAAGGCAGCCACAGACUUGACGGUGGGCAAAAUCUACGCUGCCAUGAUGAUCAUGGAAUACUACCGGCAGAGCAAGACGAAAAAGCUGCAGGCCCUGCGAGAGGAACAGAACCGAACACCAUUAAUGUUUCAGCGCAUGGAGCCGCCCUCUGAGGGAGGGGGCACGGACGGCCAGGGGGGUCAAGGCCUCAACAGUCUCCCCAGCACCCAGCCAGAUAACCCAAACAGCAUACCUCCCGAGGGUGGCAUGACUGAGAGCCAAUCGUGGGUGACGGCCAAAGCCCAGGAAAUGUUCCAAAAGACGGGUAAUUGGAGCCCCGACAGACCCUACCCCGACAAUCCCCACGACAACCGUCACAACCCCCAGACCAUCACUGACACCAGUCCGAUGCGCCGCUCCACCUCCAGCCUGGUCCACGGGCGUACGGGCCGGGGCGUGAGGCUGGACGACUACUCCCUGGAGAGGGUGGUGUCUGAGGAGGGGAGACACGGGGGAGGACGCAGACACAGACACAGGAGUCACGGGGCCUCACAGCGCUCCCUGACCAGAUACACUGACGCCGACACGGGUCUGGGCACAGACCUCAGCACGACCACGCAGUCGGGCGACCUUCCACCCAAGGAGCACGAGCGGGACCGCGGCCGGACCAAGGACCGUCGUCACCACCAUCACCACCAUCACCACCACAGCUCCAUGGACAAGGAGCGCUACGGCCCUGACAGACACGAUUACUCCCACAGGCACCCCCACAACCGCCACUGGUCCCGCUCACCCAGCGACGGGCCUGAUGGACGUGGACACAGACAGGGCAGUAGUUCGGUGAGCGGCAGCCCGGUCCCCUCCACCUCGGGGACCAGCACUCCGCGGAGAGGCCGUCGCCAGCUACCCCAGACCCCUGCUGUACCCCGACCGCAUGUCACCUACUCCCCCACUGUCCGCAAGCCCAGCUACGGCCCCCCGGGGCCGGGCCGUCUGCGCUCGCCCUCCCCCAGACACUUCUCCCCGCCAGACCACGACAGAGGCUACCACCACCGACCCCCUUCGCGCCAGGUUUCUCCCCACCACGGGGCCUCCCCGCCCCGCCACGGUUCGCCACGCUCCCCCAGGCACCAGUCCCCGCGCUCGCCCCUCCACGGCUCGCCCAGGUCCCCUCACCGAGGCCGCUGGAGCGGGCCCCCGCCCGGGGACAGCCUGGAGGGCAACGGGCCCUUCUACGAGCGCGACUACGAGUACGAGCGGCACCAUGAGCCCCCCGCCUACGAGCAAAGCCUCUCCCACGGCAACCCGCACCCACAUGGGGGAAAUCCUCACCCGCGUUCGCCUAGGACUGCCCGCCACGGGCCCCCUCCGCCCCCUCACCCGCAUCCACGCAGGGUCCCCAAUGGCUACCGCUCAUCCUCGCCUUCCCCACAUCGGCGGGGACCCUGCGGGGCACCCCCCCAUCCACACCACCGCCCCCCCCACGCCCGAGGGCCCCGCAAGGGCCUGCAUGAACCUUAUAGCGAGACGGACGAGGACGACUGGUGCUAG